AUGAAAAAUAAGAUUAGGAUUCCUACGACGCGUUCUCAGACGUCUUUGAGUGAUGAAAAACUUACUAGCAAUUUAGAGAAAGUUGAUGCUCGAGAUUCAAGAAUUCAUGGUAAACAAUCGAACAACAUCGAGGAAAAAGAAACACGAUUGAUAUCAGCAGGAUUAACAAAGAAAAAGUAUGGUUCUGCAUCAAAUAAAGAGUUGAAAAAGGAACCAAAACGAACAAGACUAUCUAAUACAUCGCUAUCACAUAUUCCAGAAACUGCACAAUCACCAAAAGAGCAGUCAAACAAUAACGCAGACUCAUCGACUUCACCAAUGGAACACCGUGCCAAGGACGUCCCAUCUCUAUCAACUUCUAAUUUUAUUAAUGUUCUUCUUCUAGGCGAAUCUGGUGUAGGUAAAUCAACAUUUAUCAAUGCUUUUGUUAAUUAUCUCCAAUUUGACACUUUCGAAAAAGCUUGUUCGAGUAAACCUGUAGUACUCAUGCCUGUUUCAUUUCUUAUCACAAUUGGUGAUCAAUUUGAAGAACGAAUUGUUAAAUUUGGUGGCGAUGAUUCUAAUGAAGAUCAUAAUCAUCCGGGUCAAUCAGUAACUCAACAUUGUAGAUCAUAUGUUUUUAAAAUGAAUGAAGAAAUGAAUUUGAGAAUAAUUGAUACACCUGGAAUUGGUGAUAGUCGCGGUCUAGAUCAAGACGAUCUUAAUAUGCAAAAUAUUUUGUUAUUCAUCAAUAAUCUAUCACAUUUAAAUGCCAUUUGUAUACUUCUUAAACCGAAUGAAUCAAGACUGAAUAUUAUUCUUCGAUCAUAUUUCAAUCGUUUGCUUAAUUUUUUUGGUGAAAAUGCUUGCCAUAAUAUUGUCUUUUGUUUUACGAACACUCGAGCAACAUUUUAUGCUCCAGGUGAUACAGCUCGACUACUGAAAAAAAUGAUUAAUAGUGUACCAGAUAAACAUAUUCCAUUCAAUAAAUCGAAUACUUUUUCGUUUGAUAAUGAAUCAUUUCGUUAUUUGGUUGCUGUUCAAGAUGGAAUUAAAUUUGAUAAAUAUCAAGAAGAAGAAUAUCGAUCGAGUUGGAAAGUUUCAGUAACUGAAUCAAAUCGUCUUUUCAAAUAUAUUUCUGAAGAACUGACAUCUUUUAUUGAUAUUGAAUGGUACUCGAGUGAACAUUUACAACUUAAAGUUAAUGAAAUAAUUCGUCCAACUUUAGAAGCAAUGCGAAAUAUUCUUCGAAAUAUUACAUUACUAGAUGAAAAAAAAUCGAAAGCACUAAUAAAACUUAAAACUGUUGCUAUCUCACAGUCUUCAAGUAUUUGUUCUGAGUGCAAACGUACUCCUAAGGAAUUUAACGGAAUGUGGAUACUACCUGAUGAUUUACAUUUAGUUCUUGAAAGGACUAGCAAGUGCAAUUGUGGUCAUAUGAAACACAUUAAUGUCAAUUACAAACUUGAAUAUGAAACUUGGCAUGACGUGGAUCAAUCAUCUAUUAUUGAGAUGAAGUCGAAUUUCAAUCAACUUAAAGAAGUUAUUUUAGAGUUAGCUCAUUUUUAUGUUUAUAUUUCUAGUAUUUCAAAACAAAAGGAUUUUUUGUUGAUUUUUCUCAAUAAGAUAAUUGCUGAAGAAAGUCAAAUUUGUUCAGAAAAAGGUUCUCAAUGUCUGAACUCAAAUUUACGAAAGAAAUUGAUUGAAUUAAAAGAAGAAUACGAAAAGAAGCAGAAUGCAUUAAAAUCAAAUUGUCCAGCUAUCGAUGUAUCAAACACCUAUGAACUAAUUGAAAGUAUCGGUAUAAUUGAUGAGAUGAAGAAACAAUUGGAUGUUACCAAACAAAGUUUAGAAAAUCACUUGAAGAAAUAUGACAAGGAGAUUUCAUACAUAUUUGAAUGA